CAGGACACAGAGGGGACGCGGAGGUGGAGAGAUGCGGGCGCGCUCGGGAUGGGAGAGGACGCGUUGAGGAGGCAGCCCGCUCUCUAACUAUGGACAUUCUGUCUUCUAGUUUUUGGAAUAAGGACUUAAAAGACUUUGCACAUUGCGUUGUCCCUCUCCCGCUGCGUCUCUCUCUCUCUCUCUCUCUUCUUCCAAAGAGACUUCCAAGCAGGAGAUGGAAGAUCGCAGGUGAGGAGAAAAAUGCAAUUUGCAGCAGAUAUCUGUAGUACAUAUAUGCUGAGAUCCUAAUGGGAAAUUUCUACAGUUUAUUUACGCACAUUUUAUUUUUUUAAUAAGAUAAGAUAAGAUAAGAUUAAAAAAAAGACUUAAAAUGGAUUUCUUAAAUAGCUCCAGCCUGGAGGACGGGAUACUGGUAGAAAAUAUCUCCUCUAAUUCUACCUCUCAGAGCCAGUACAGCCAGAUCGCUAUCUGGGCUCUGGCCGGACUUGUCAGCUUUCUGAUUUUGUUUACAAUAGUCGGGAACGUCUUGGUUGUAAUCGCCGUUUUAACGAGCAGAGCUCUGAAGCCACCUCAGAAUCUGUUUCUCGUCUCUCUGGCCAGUGCGGACAUACUGGUGGCCACCCUGGUCAUGCCCUUUUCUUUGGCAAAUGAACUCAUGGGCUUCUGGUUUUUUGGCAAAAUUUGGUGUGACAUCUACCUGGCUCUGGACGUUUUGUUCUGCACCUCUUCUAUUGUUCACCUGUGCGCUAUUAGUUUGGACAGGUACUGGUCAGUGACACAGGCGGUCGAGUAUAACUUAAAGAGAACGCCUAAAAGAGUGAAAGGGAUGAUUGUGGUGGUGUGGCUGAUCUCAGCGGUCAUCUCCUUUCCACCGCUGAUAUCAAUGGACAGGAGCAGCAGCGAGGCCAGUCCCCAGUGUAUCCUGAAUGAUGAGACCUGGUACAUCCUCUACUCCAGUCUUGGCUCUUUCUUUGUCCCCUGUCUCAUCAUGAUCCUGGUCUAUAUUCGGAUCUACCAAGUGGCAAAGACAAGGACCAGAAGUAUGUCGGAGAAGAAGAGGGACGUGGACUCGCCGCUGGAGAAUGGGAUGGACCAAGCCGAAGCAGGCAGAGGAGGGUCAUUAAAGUCCAACCGGGACGAGAGCAUGAAAGAGCAGGACCGCAAGAAUGGACACUGCAAAGAGCAGGCAGUCCAAUCCCCUCUGGCCAAUGAGCCCAAACACCCACCGACAGACCAGGACGACGACUUCGACGACAGCAGCUCGUCAGACGGGAAGCCUAAGAAGAGUUCCAGUUCCUCCAAACAUCACCGUGACGACAUAAAAGACAGGAAGUCCAGCUCCGCCUCUAAAUACUCCAGCAGGAAGUCGCGUGCCAGCUCCAAGUCUAUGGAGCUGUUCUCGUCUCGCCGUAAACGCCGGAGCACCGUCAAUCGGAAGAAAGUUUCCGCCGCUCGGGAGAAGCGCUUCACCUUUGUCCUUGCUGUUGUCAUGGGCGUUUUUGUCGUUUGCUGGUUCCCGUUCUUUUUCUCCUACAGCUUGUAUGGAAUCUGCCGGGAGCCGUGCGAGAUCCCAGAGACGCUGUUCAAGUUCUUUUUUUGGAUUGGCUACUGUAACAGCUCGCUAAACCCCGUCAUCUACACCAUCUUCAACCAGGACUUCCGCAGAGCCUUCCAGAAGAUCCUCUUGGCAUGUACUAUAGACUGGCAUCACGAGCAAUUGGCUCUCCCAGACAUGUGUUCACAUCUUCCACUCCCCUCUGAGAAAAAAGAUGGAAUACAGAGGUACUGCUGAGGUGUGUGUGUGUGAGUGUGAGAGAGAGUGUGUGUGUGUGUGUGGAAGAGCAAGAGAGGACAAAGUGCAAGAGCAAAACUGUGUGUUGAUAAAAUGAGCUGGAGAGUUUACAACAUCUUAUCCAAAAUGCUAAUUAGUGAUUAUGUGUGUGUGUGUGUGUUGAUGAGUGUGUGAGUGUUCCUGCUUAAAUGGCCUGAUUUCCUUUGGUCAAGUGUCUUUCUAUUUUCUUUCACACAUCUUUUCUCUACCGUACAGCCACAAAAAGUACUUAGCUACAGAAAAAGCAAAACACCGGAUCACUCU